CCUUAGUAUUAAAAGGGCACAUCUCGAAAAUUAGCGUUUCUGAGUUUUUGGCAUAAAUGGGCACAAAACUACUAGUACUACAACUUGGCCUUGACAGAAAUUGAAAACGGAGAAUAUAAAGCAAGUCCCGAUAUAAUGUGACCCUUUCGUACUCCCCUCUCCGCCAACACAUCUUCCCGCGAGAUAGACCCAUUCAGUAAGGUGCCGAUGUCUGUCGAAGCAGGUGUGUUAGUGAGCGCUCUCAUUACGAGUUGAGCCCUUCUAUUACAAAACUUGAGAUACAUUGCAAAAAAAUUGAAGAAAUAUGUCAUCACGAUCGCGAAGAAUUAUGAACCUUCUUAAUGUUUCACAUCUACCUGAUGAAUGGGAAAACAGUUGCGAUAAGGACCCAAACGUCAGCAAUGAAGAAAAAGAGAACAUCCCUUUAAGUUCAACAUCAAAACGUUCGUCGAGAUCGUCAUCUAGUAGUUCCAGUUCGUCUUCUAGCGUCAACAGUAGCAGUUCGUCAUCUUCUAGCAGCAGCUCUUCCUCUCGAUGUUGUUCACUGGAACAAGGACGAUUUGUUUCCCAUAUCUUAAAAGGUAAAGAAAUUGAAGCCCAGCCUCAGUCUUUAUCAUCUAGAACUACUUCACCUUCAAUACUAGAAUCCGUAAUUUUAACACCACGAACUCCAGCUGUACAUUACCGUAUAUCGCCAAUGAAUUCAGAAGAGAGUGAUGCUGAUAUUAGUGACAAUGAUCCCACUUAUAAUGAACAUCAAGGUAGAAAACGUUCGCCAAGCUCAUCUUCAAGUUCCUCUGAUGAUGGUACUUCUGAAGUAGUUGCAACAUCGCCCAGGAGAUCGAAGAAACGUAAAGCUGAUCCUACUAAAUGGAAGCAAAAUAACCAAAAGAUAAAACGAAAUGCAGGAGAACAAUACAUUUCUACUAAGACUAGAAACGUUGUUCCUGCGCGUCAAAUGAAGAGUCCAUGCAAUCAGAAAUGCAGAUUGAAAUGCAGCGAAAAUUUUGAUGAGGCUAAAAGACUUCAACAUUUCAAAUGUUUUUGGGCACUAGGAGAUUUGCAAUUACAGCUUAUGUUUAUAAAAGCAAGAAUGGCUUUAGUUGAACCUAAAUAUAAGUAUUCAAACGCUCAACAUCCCAGAGCACCAAAUGCUGCUUUCUACUUGUACGAUGAUAACGCCAAAAUCAGAGUCUGCAAAACAUUUUUUAUCAAUACGUUGGGAAUAACAAGUAAAAUGAUUCGCACAGUAAGAUAUAAGACUAACAAUUGCAAUUCUGUUGAAGAAGAUAGAAGAGGCAAACAUAAUAGUCAUAGACGCGUGGAUGACAAUCUGAAAGAAGAUAUCAUUAGAUUUAUCAAUCUAAUACCACGAAUUGAAUCGCAUUAUUUAAGAGCGUCGACCUCAAGAGAGUUCAUAAGUGGAUCGAAAAGUAUUACUGACUUGUUUAGAGACUUUCAAGAAAAACAGAAGAAUAAUUCCCGAGAUUCUGAAAAGUUUCAUUUGUUUUAUGAGAUUUUUACUACCCAUUUUAAUUUGGGUUUUUUUCAACCCAAGAAAGAUCAAUGCGAUCUUUGUUUACAGUAUAACAACUCUUCUGCUGAUCAGAGGCUUGCUCUCAAAGUCAAAUAUGAUACUCACCUAGAAGAAAAGGAAUUAAGCCGAGCCGAAAAAAAGAAUGAUAGAAUGACUCUUGACAAAUAUAAUUUAUGCGUUUGCUACGAUGUUCAAGCGAUAAUGCAAAGUCCCAAUGGAGAAACAUCAUCGUUUUAUUAUAAAUCCAAAUUGAAUAGCUACAACUUUACUUUGACUGUGUUAAAUAAAUUACCAGAGAAUGAAGACGAUUUUAAAGGCUAUGGUGACGUGCAUUGCUAUUUCUGGGAUGAGACCCAAGGAAAAAGAGGUGCAGUGGAGAUUGGAAGUUGCGUUUUAGACUUUUUAAAGAAGGUUUGUGAGGAUGCAGGUGAACAUGAAGUUAACGUAACAUUUGUAACAGAUAAUUGUUGUGGUCAAAACAAAAAUAAAUACAUAGCUUCUUUAUACAUGUUUGCAGUCACUACUAUAAAAAACUUAAAGGGUAUAACUCACAAAUUCCUUAUAAAAGGUCAUACGCAAAAUGAAGCCGACAAUGUACACAUGCUGAUACAGAAACAAAUAUCAAGAGAUUUAAAAGCUGGUCCAAUCUUAACACCACUUCAAUACACCACCGCAAUUCAGAGAGCUAGGAAAACGGGGAAACCUUUUAUCGUUCAUACUUUGAAUCAUGAUUUCUUUUACGACUUGAAAGAUUUACAAGUCAAGUGGGGAUAUAAUUUCAACGUUGAUGAAGAGAAGAAUACCAUCGAUAGUGUAGCGGCCCUUGAAAAACUCAUCGUUGAGGUGACAAAUACAAAGGUUAUCAUAAAGCAGGAGGUCGACAACCUGAGAAAUCGGUUGUUCGAUUAUACCGAGGAAGAGGAAGAAAGCAAGAAGAAAGAAGAGGUUCCAAAGAAGUCUGUUUGCACGACAUCUAGAGGUGUGCAGACCAACAUGGAGCCCUUGAAAGGAAAUAAGAUGGCGACAAUGGGUGUUCAAGUGGACCUAGAGAACCCAGAAGCCAUUAAAAGAAGGGUGAAUGCCAUCACGAAAAAAAUGGCAAUAUCCGAGUACGAGGAAAUAUCAGAGUGA